AUGGCCGCUAAAUUCUCCGCCAACGCCCUCAUCGAGCUGGCCAAGAACCGCCGCUCCAUCUACACUCUCUCCAAGAACCUCCCCAUCUCCACCCAGCGCAUCACCGAGAUCGUCAACCAAACUACUCUCGAGACCCCCUCAUCCUUCAACUCCCAGUCCAACCGUGUCGUCGUCCUCUACGGCGCUGAGCACGACAAGCUCUGGGACAUCACUGCCGAUACCCUCAAGGCCAUCGUCCCCGCCGAGACAUGGGAGGGCACCUCUAAGCGCAUCUCAGGCUUCAAGGCCGCCGCCGGAACUGUCCUCUUCUAUGUCGACAACGCCGCUGUCGAGGCCAUGCAGACCAAGUUCGCCAUCUACGCUGACCGCUUCCCUCCCUGGGCUGUUCAGUCUGCUGGCAUCCAGCAGUACCUCCUCUGGACCGCUCUCGAGGCUGAGGGUCUCGGUGCCAACCUCCAGCACUACAACCCCCUGAUCGAUGAGAAGGUUGCUGAGACCUGGAAGAUUCCUUCUACCUGGACUCUCAACGCCCAGCUUGUCUUCGGUGCCAAGACCGCUGAGGCUGCCCCCAAGGACUAUGCUCCUCUCGAGGAGCGUGUCAAGGUCUUUGGCGCUUAA